UGAGCGCUUUUCUCAAACGUUAGUUUUAUGUGUGGCUCUCUUUCCUUAUCCCCUGCGCAGACUUCCUUGGUUCUCCCAUGAACGUUUUGCAUUAUCUAUUGCAUUGCAUUAUCUCCUUCACUUCCCCUAUUAGUCUUUAAAUUUCUGUGUUAUGGACAAUUCGAAACAAGAAAAUGCCUUGCCAGAGGACCACGAACUGGAGCUGAAGCUUCCACACCUAUUAUUUACAAAAACAGUUCGAGAACUCUAUGGAAAGAUUGUGAAUGAGUGGGAUUCCCUCAAAAAGUCGGCAUGCCAAACAGCAGCUGGAAGAGCCCUGUGGAAGCAUGUGAUCCAUGACCCUCUUGCAGACGUGCUUGCAGGAGAAACAUACCUAAGAAACCUUCACGAGAAGAUUACGAAAGACCGCCACAACAAUGCUCGAGAAACUUCAGGAGUGAUUCUUGCUGUUCGAACCCUUUGGUUUGAUUCAAAAAUUGAAGCUGCUCUUGAUUCCUUUGGUGGUGCAGCUCAAGUUGUUCUCCUUGGAGCAGGAAUGGACGCAAGGGCAUACCGCUUAAGCUGCUUGAAGGAAAGUGACGUCUUUGAAGUAGACUUUCCUGAAGUCUUGCAAGUAAAAGCUGCUCUUCUUCAGGCAGCUCUGGAGUCCACAGAACAUCUUAGGAUGAUGGCAAAAUCCUUAACGAGUGUAGCAGCUGACAUUAGAGAGAAUGACUGGCUUGAAAAGCUUCAGAUAUCUGGGUUUGUGCCAGAAAAAAACACAGUAUGGGUUCUAGAAGGUAUCAUCUACUACCUCUCCCAUUCUCAAGCCAUGCAGGUACUGAAGAUUGUAGCUGACAAGUGUACCCUUACCCAUACAGUUCUAUUAGCAGACUUUAUGAAUAAAGCAUCAACCACACUCUCCAGUUCUAUCUUCCGCUUCUAUAGUGAUUGGCCCGAUCAUCUUCUGCCAUCUCUUGGAUUUUCUCAUGUUAAACUUUCACAAAUAGGUGACCCAGAUGCUCAUUUUGGUCUCAUGCAUGAUCCAUUGAAUUUGUUCAAUAAGCUCCGCAACUUGCCAAGAUCCGCAGAAACCAACCCAGAUGAUGGAACACCAUGCUGUCGCUUGUAUUUGGUGCAGGCUUCUGGUUCGCCAAAUCAAACAAUUUCCUUGAGCACCAUUCCAAUGUAGUAUAGAUAUCAUUGUAAUGUAGAUGCAGGAAUCAUUAUUUUUAGUGUUGCUCAAUGUAAAAUUCAAUUGAACAACAAGAUGCAACAAGACUUUUGAGCUGUAUAACGAUUUUUUAAAUUUUAUAAGCAUAUACUACCACAUAGCAGUUGCUCCACUA